AGCGUAGCGUCUAACUAAUUGUACAUACAAAAGCGGUAAAUAGGUUGUGCCAGAUCCGAAUCAUCGACAUCUUUUUGUUAAUUAUCUCGGAGAAGUUCUCGCCGUGUUAAAUUAAAAGUUGCGCGUAUUGCCGAGGAAACAAUAGUGGACGUACAGUAAAUCGAGAAUCAAGCCAGCAGACUCGUCUCGCGACUUCCUUGAACUCAGACAGUUUUACACACAUUCGUCAAAGUGCCGGACAAAUUGUCAGAGGUUCUGGGCGAUGUCCUGGAAUUAUGCGGCGGAGGCGGAGGCGGAGGCGGAAGUGGUGCUGCAACUGGCGAUAAAAACACGUCAAGGAACACAUCGAGCGGAAGCGCGGCUACUAAGAUCGGCGCUAUGACAGGAGUAGCGAUAAUCAAGGGUAGAUGGGCCCCAAGAAGCACACGUUCGCAGCUCUCUUCCAUUGCUAAUACCGAUAGUGCCGACAGUACAACUUCGACCAGUUCGGAGGAAUUUAAUGUCGCGAAGGAACAGCACACGGUACAAUCAUCGACAACCGAAUUGGGCUUACCCCAUCAAAGUCGCAGUUAUCCAAGUGAUAGUGGAAGUAGCGGUCGAACAUUGGCGAGAGACUCAUCUAUCAGCUCACAGAGUUUGCCGAAGGGUGCAUCUUGCUCUUCAAAUUAUCGGGGAUCAUCACCUCAAAUCAGAGCAUUCGAUCCGAACGGACGGCAUCAUGUUCAACAUCAACCUUUACACGCCGCCUCUUCGUAUCCACCUGGCAGUAGAAGCUCGAGAUCUCCUUCGCCAGCUCGUGCAGCAUCUUUGGAUGCACGUUGUGCAAGUCCUGCCAAUUACACGGGCAGCCUGCAUGGUGGAAAUGCGUCACCUUCACAGACCUCUUUAUCGUCCGUAGCAACGGGUAUAAGUUCCACUUGCGGGUGUUCGCCGAUAAAUGCCGUUCAAAGUACUUCCAGACAGACCAGUCGUUGCUUAUCACCCCUUCUCAUCCCAUCGCCGCAUGCUUCUAUAAGUAGCGAUAGUGGUCCUGUUCCACCUGCUUCUCCUCUUGGUUCUUUACAACCGGAUCUUUAUCAAAGACGUGACGGUCCUGUCUUUCUUAGUGCUCGCAGGACGGGAAAGCAUUUGGGCAGGCUUCACCUGCGCUUGAGAUACGAUUUUGAUAAAUCAGAUUUGGAUGUGCAUUUAAUCGAGGCACACAAUCUCGCAGGCAGCGACCAAGGUGGUUUUAACGAUCCCUAUGUUAAGUUGACUCUUAGCCCGGAAGUGGACAGCAGGAAAAGACAAACACAGAUCCAUCGAAAUGAUCCAAAUCCAUUUUUUGAUCAGCGUUUCAAAUUUCCCGUUAGCUACGAAGAACUGCAGGAGAAGACUCUAGUUUUGCAGGUAUUUGACUAUGAUCGUUUUUCAAGAAACGAUAUGGUGGGUUCGGUGAGAGUGGCCAUGGAUAGCCUCGAAUUGGUUUCUUCUACUUCCUCGAUAGAAGUUUGGGGUGAGAUAACGAGGGAACGAAAACCACCAGAAGAAAUUCAAGAGGUUUUGGUUUCAUUAUCUUACUUACCGAGUGCUGAGAGACUCACGGUUCUCAUGAUGAAAGCUAGAAAUCUGUUUCUCCAAGAGGAUAAGGAAACAUUGGAUCCGUUCGCGAAAGUUAGUCUUCUCUGUGGAGAAAGAAAAGUAAAGAAGAAGAAGAAAACAGCCGUUAGGAAGGCUACGACAAAUCCCGUUUGGAAUGAAGCGAUGUCGUUUAAUAUACCUGCCUCAUUACUUGCAUCGUCGGCUAUAGAGAUAUGCGUGUUGGACUCGAGCAGUGAACUCAUCGGUGGAAAUGCCAUUGUCGGAUCCUGCAUCAUUGGACCGGCUACAAGUGCGGACAGCGGUAACAGUCAAGGACGGGAGCACUGGCUUCAAAUGACGCAGUCUCCGAGGAAGCAAAUUGCUGAGUGGCACACGCUACACUAGUUUGAUCAUCGUUACGAUCUAACCGUUUGAUUGCCCGAAUAAUUCACGUCUUUGAUCGAAGGAACUUCAAUCUAUCGUUGUGUAGCGUCGCAUAACGAAGAUCGAAUGAACAUAUAACAUACUAAAAAUGUAGCGAUUAUAUGUAAAAUGGCAAAAAAUAAUAUGUACUUCUCGUCUUAACAAAAAAAAAGAAAACAGAGAAUCUCGUGACGCGUCAAGAAAUCGUUCUUCUGCGUUUUUAUAGAUAUAUUGAUCGUUAAAGAUCCAUAACAUAUAUUUCGUCGCAUUGAAUGUCGAUGCUCAAGAAGAAAAGAAAAUAAUCUUCAUAUAAAUAUUCUUCGUAUAUCCAUAACAGAGACACUAACAAGCACUAUACUUCUAUUUUCAUUCAUUGCACAACAAUUUGAGCUAUACGCGUAGUCCAACUGCGCAUUUCUUAAUUUUGGAUACCUAAACGAUUUAGAGAUGUAUUUUUGAAAUAUUCAUGCAUUAAUAAAGAUUCUUCGCGAAAUGACAAUGAAGAAAACGUGAUUCAAGCUGUGAAGCAAAAACAGAGACAGAUUUCACGUUUCGCUUAACAGAUCAAUAAUUAAAUGUACAAACUAAUAAUUAUAAAAUAAGAUACAACUUGAGAAGACAGUUAUCAGGUCUAAGUACGCUCUAAUUAAAUCUGUGAAUCUCUGUCUUUAUUAAGAAGCUAUCUUUCUCUCAGGUAUGUCUCAUAUUUUUCUCAUUAUUAUACUUCUACUCUUUCCUUCUCUUCUAAAAAAAAAAGGAUUACAUUGAAAACCUAAAUUCUGUCAUUGUAUGACACAUAUGGUCUAAAAAAAUAUUUAAAGUAUUCCGGCCGUGUCUAUAGCUUAUUGAUUGAUCAAUAAAACCUAAUAUUCCUGCGAACAAAGCAUGCUAAUUGUGAUAGCGUAUUGAUUGUCGUUAUUAAUGUGUAUUUUGUCGAAUGUAUAAUUCAUAUAUGCUAAACUAAACAAAUUGGAACAUAAUGUGUGUAAAAGAAGAAAACACAAAACGUCUUUCGUUUAAUAUCAAACAUGAUUAACUCAAUAAAGACAAACAUUAAUUUGUCAUCCACAUAAAUCAUUCGUAGCAAUGCUUAGCAAACAAACUAAUGUUAUUUGUCGUCAUUUUGAUGUCAAAUAACGUUAAGGACAUCAUUUUGACAACAAAUAAUGUCAACUUGUUUGGUGAGUGUAUCUACAAAUAUAUGCACACAGUUAUUCUUCUACUAAACCACAGAAAUAUUUAAGUCUGAUUUUCACACGAAUCAAAUUACAAAUAGGAAAAAUAUCCGACCAACACUCACU